UGCGUGUGUUUCUUCACUAUUUGUUCAGGUGCGUGAAGAAAGGCGAGGAGGCAGCGUUCACCGUGUGGUUCUCUGGUCAGGAAGACGGCUUGAAAGACGAGUUUCCUCAUAUGUCGGCCAGUGCUCUUCGUGAAGAAGCAGAACGACGCUGGGGUGCUUUGCCCGCUGAUGACAAAGAGAACCUGACAGCAGAAGCAAAGGCGGCUGCUAAGGCCAAGGCUGGUGCUGUGUUUGGCCGCAAGGCUCCCAGGACAUCCACAGCGAAUGGUGACCCAGGUCCUGCUGCUGCUGCUGCAGUGUUAUCGUCGUCGCCAUCACCCCUGGUGACCGACAGUCUGGAAGACAACAUUGUAGAGUAUAGCCUGGACGCUACGCCGCUUCUAGACUCGGUGAAUGCUGCUAAUGCCAACGGUGACAACGUCUCCGCCGUCACCUCCAUCGGCCUCCUUGAUGACGGUACUUGUCUGUCACCGCCGGUCAAGCGGUCGCGUGGUGCACGCUUCAUAGACAGCGAUGAUGACGAGGUUGAUGAUGCAGUGGAGAAUGGCGGUAGUGCUGCUGCUGCUGCCACAGAACAAGCUGCUCCGGCCGCCAAGCGAGCAAAGCUGCCGGAAGCGAGCACGGCCAACAUUGUAGCGCAGUCCACAAAGGCGUCUGCGCAGAAGCUUGCGAACUUCGCGUUCGCCAAGUAAUCCACGCCAGGAAUGUGCCCCACCGGCACUUUAUUAUCAUAACUAUUAAUUUGUAUUUGUAUCUCAGGCAUUGCAGGCAGGCCUCCUAGAAUUCCACCCCCGUUUGCCUAGCCCCCCGUAGUGUAGCUUAGGCACAUGAUAUCUACUGCGUAGUGGGUAGCGACGUUUGUGAAUGUCGUAUUUGCGUGCAGCUUCACCCACUGCCUUAUCUAUAGCUUUGGUGGAUUCGUUUUGGUCUUCGGCUUUUUCACCCGAAAAAAUCGGGUGACGGUUUCCAUGCCAACCAGUACUGUUACUUCGAAGUACUCAUCUGUAGACAGAUGAAAAUUAGAACGGUCUAGGCCACAAGGCUGCCCCCCCCCCCCCCUCCCCGCCCAGUUCUUCCGUGACCACCAGUACUGUAUGUGUUGAUAACAAAAAUCUACUUCAAGUAAUUUUUACUCUCCUCUCUCUGCGUUCGACUUUCCUCUCUCGAAAUUUGUUUACACUUCUCCCCGCUCGUCUUCAAGUUUUGUAGUCCAGUAUUAUUAUUUUUGUUUUAUCUUUUUACAAUUUCUUUGCUACAUUGAUACGUAUUACUAGCGCUGUGUUUUCCCUGUAUACCACUGGCCAUCGCUUUGUCUGUUCGUUUUCUUGCUUUUACUCAUCAGUUGUAUUGGCCUUUGUUCCGUUUUUUGUCUGCAGUUGCUUCAUCUGCCGACAAAUGCACACAUUGUUAGUUUUUAAAUCAUGCUUACAGGUAUUCCCGCAA